GGAAAUGAGGCCGAGGGGGCGGGGCCUGGCGGGAUUGUGACGCGAGGCUCCCUGCAGCGGGGUGGGGCUUGAGCGCGCAGGCGCGGAAAGGCAGCGAAGCCGCGGUUUCCGCUUCCGGAGGCCUCUUUCUCUCCAGCGAGGCGGCCGAGCGGCGGGCGCAACGUUGCAGAGAUGCAGAUCUUUGUGAAGACCCUGACGGGCAAGACCAUCACUCUUGAGGUAGAGCCCAGUGAUACUAUCGAAAAUGUCAAAGCCAAAAUCCAGGACAAGGAAGGUAUCCCACCAGAUCAACAACGUCUGAUUUUUGCUGGAAAACAGCUAGAAGAUGGCCGGACUCUCUCUGACUACAACAUCCAGAAAGAGUCCACUUUGCACUUGGUGCUGCGUCUUCGAGGGGGGAUCAUUGAGCCUUCCCUUCGCCAGCUGGCCCAGAAGUACAACUGUGACAAGAUGAUCUGCCGCAAUACUGUUCUCCUUGCAGGUGUUAUGCCCGCCUGCACCCCCGCGCUGUAAACUGCCGUAAGAAGAAGUGCGGCCACACCAACAAUCUGCGCCCCAAGAAGAAGGUCAAAUAAAGAGGCAGCCUCGGGACCCAGUUUUUGUUUGGCUCCCGUGACUAAAGUGACAUUUAGUACUCUGUUGUAACAAGGCCUUGUAACUGGGUUUAAUGGGGCUGUGAUAUCAAUAAAAUCCCCUUUUAGUUGAGAAGCAGGA